GUUGCCAAUACUUAUAUAGACAUAAUUAUUAUUUCCUAUUCGUUUUGUAUUCAUUUGAAUUGCAUUGCAUCAUAAUUAGAAUUGUUUUUGAUUGAUCAAUAAGGUACUAUUAUUCAAGCUACUAACUUCUGGCAAACUUAUGAGGUUGAAGAAUAUAGGUGUAACUUAUUCUAGUGAAUCUAGUGUAUACUAAGUGAACAUGGGAGACAUGGAAGUAGAAUGUUCUACUGCGCAAAUCGACGUGAUUUUCGAGGCCCAUGAGAAUGCUCCAUUUGGGAUCGAAACAGCGGAUGAGGCUCCUGUGCUGCUCUCACCGGUGCAAAUACAGCAAGAAUACUUUGAGAAUCUGCCUGAUUGUGACUGGGUCAAAUAUGAACGGCACAACAGAAACUAUUUACUCCAAAACAUGGCAUUUGCAUUAUUUGGUAGUCCGAGCUCGGAAGGCGAGCUUAGCGAAGUGAGAAAUGAAGGUGAUCUCCAUCUUGAGGGCUACACAACCCGACAAAAGGAACAGGUGAUGAGAGUCUAUGAGAAGGUGUGUGAACAAAGCAAAUACACUGAAAAUGAUGAAGAUGUGAUGAUAUCAGUGCUCCUAGUAGUGUGUGCCAGACCAAAACCAUUGAAGUUCUACCAGAUUACACCAAGAAACCACUGGUUAGAUCUGCAUCAGCGGACUGACAGCGAGAUAUGGUGCACAGCCGUGUUUCGAGUUAGGAAAUGUAUACCACAAACUGUUGGGGCGAAGUCCUGUAAAGUAUUUAUUGAUGAAGACGCCCGAGUAUACCAAGACUGGGAAUCUUACUUACUCAACAACACACAACCCAAAUGUGUACUUAUAGUGCCUGAAAAUGGAGAAUAUGAUGGGACCAUUAUUGAGGGAGGCGACAGAACAUUCGCAGUAAAACUCACAGUAGCACCAUCCCCCACACUGGGCGUCAAAGCGCAAGUUCUCAGUACAGUCGAUACAGCGAGCACAGUAGCUUCGAUCGGCGCAAUAGGCGUGCUCGGAGUGGCCGCGUUCACACCUGUGGCGCCGGUUGUACUGGCCGGGGCUGCAGUGGCAACGGUGUCGACUUGUUUGUACGGGCUUGUGAGAUCGUCGCUGCAUUUACACGAUCGGAGUUCACAUGAACAGACGAUCAGUCCCACGGACGCCGAGGCCCGCGGCAGCUGGCUAAACAUUGCUGCAUCGAGCGUAGGCCUGGCCGCAGGUGCUGCUUCUAACCUGCUGGCGCGCUCGGCUGCCGCGGGAACUAACAUGACUAAGACCGGACAAGCUCUGGCCGUGUCUGUGGAGGUACUUCGUCACGCGAACCUGGUGACUGGCGGCGCGGGCGUCGUCAACAGUCUCGUUCAUAUUAUACUUAAAUACCGUCACGGCGAGCAGCCAACGAAACUGGAGCUGUUCCAGUUCACCGCAGCAACCCUGUUCUUCUGCCACGCCGUCAUAUCCAACAAGACUGCCCAGAGCAUCAUAGAAGACGCCCAGGCUAAGGCCAUCAACGAAUACCGGUCCACACUCAGGAGUAAUCGACACAGGAAAAUCUUUGACAAGCUGAGCGCCGAAUCCCGCCGAGUGGCCGGCACCGUCCAAGGCAACACAGAAGUGAUCCGCGGCAUCCAAAGCAUCGGCGACAAGGACCAGUACUUCGCCUCCGUCCUCAAGAUCAACAAGGACAUCAACACGCACAGGCUCCGCAUAUCCAUGACCGCCGACGGACAGGUCAACCUCAACGCGCAACACAAGUUCAACCCGGCGGACCUUAGCAUGCUCGACCCUAACGGUAGAAGCCAGCUAUUCACCUCCCUAGGCCCUGACACUUUACAAGCCCAAAACGCUCCUACCAAACUAUCUACACCAAUCGCACCAACCAGAGGCUAUCUUGACACACAAGAAGAAGAAAACAACUUAUUAGUUGGUAUACAUCCAGGCGAAGUCCUACGCAUCGGCACUUACUUGGUACGAAUCAGCGCUUCAGGCACCCAAAAUAUAGCGAAACUCUUAGAGGAUCUAAGCCAGGAGAUUUACGCGAAUUUUAUGACUGUAGUUUUCAACAUUCUUUCUAAUCUCUUACCCAGUGAUAUAGCAAGGCUCAGACUGUUAAGUCCUGAUGAAGAUUUGGUCAUGCAAAUCGUAAAUUUCGUCUUCAACUAUAUGAAACAUAAGAGGCCUUUGGGUGAGCCGUGUGCGGAAAACGACAACGGCAUCAUUUAUGUUUUGAAAGAGUUCUUCCAAGAAGGCAAGGUGCGGCAGGAUAUUAUUCUCAUGCUGAAGGACCGCCUGAUGACUUGGGUCGAAGAAGAGAUUGACGCUAGAGCACUGAGGUUCCCGAAUAAGAGACAGAUCAUUUGUGACCUCUGUCAAGGUGUUCGGUUUGCGUAAACCGUAGAUGUAGUUGUAGGCACGCCAGGCCCCGUAGCCGAAUGGCAUUUCUCCGACGCCAAACGAAAACGAAACGCCGCGCCAGUUAGUCGGGCUCUGUCGCGCCAAUGUGCAAGAGCGAUAGAGACAGAUAUCUACUAGCGUUUCGUUUCGUGAGCGUUUCGUGAGCGUUUGUGCCAUUCGGCUACGCACCCUGGCCGGAAACAGGCGGGCUGUCGAUCGCAAGGUGCGUUCGUUCAGCCAGCGGCAGCAAUGUGCGGAGACCGUAGGUUUUGCCAAGAGCAGAUGUGAUGCUUUCAUACUUUUUGAUUUGUGAUUAUCCAGUUUAUAAUCAAAGUAGGUAAUUAGUGGUAAUUAGGACUCGCGAUCAAAGUAGGUAGACCGACGAAUCAAAGUAGGUAAUUAAGACGCGCAAGGGACGUCGCCUGGCGCGCCCCAGGCGACGCGUCGCUUGUCGCGCGCCGCGCCGCCUGGGGCGCGUCUUACGUCUUUCCUAUACAAAAUGUACUGAGGAGACGUUUUGUAAACUACAUUCAGGCGGCGUGGCGCUGACGUCCGUUCCGCGUCGGCGGACAUGCGUCUCUUGAGUGUGGACGGUCCCUAAGUGUUUUAUGUUGUCCAUCGCUGUCGAUAAUACAUCUGUCAUACUCUUACUAAAUUUAAUCUACUAAUGUUAAUAUGUAAAUAUCGGUAAUUGGCAUAAAUGCUGCAGAAGAACUACCUACUCAUUUACACGUAGUUGGAAUCAAGCACAACGUUCGACUAAGUUAAUUCUGCACCUUUGUAGCGAUAAAGUGUGAGAAUGCCCUUGCAAACAUCGCAUUUUUAUAGGAAUUUUACUUUUACGGUGAUACGAGUAUGUAACCCUCAACAAAUCGCCAAUACCUUGUUAGUGCGUUUUCACAUUAUCCGGUCCGAUAUCGGAAGUAGGAAGGAUUU